AUGUAUCCAAAACUUAUACUACUUGUACUCUAUAUUGCUGCCAUUACAUGCCAUGCGGCUAUAAUUCCUGAAUACGGCGACGCCGUUGACAGCAAUAGCAGCGGUGACCUUGAAUCCGACGCUGCCGCAUUUUUGAACGAAGACGUGCUCAUCAACAACAACAACAAUAACGAUAUUGUUAGCGAACAACAAGAACCAGCAGUGAUGAUGUCUUCGAUUACUGACAGCACUACUGAAGACCAGUUGCAAGAAGAUGAUACUGCUGACGACGAAUUCCUACAUGUACAUCAAAAAGAUGGUGAGCAGGAUAUCGUUUAUGAAGGUGUCCAUUAUACGCUCAAUGAAGAUGGCCGUUUUGUCAUUGUUCAAGAAGGUGUUGUGCCAAUUGCUAUUCAUACAACAGCGUCAUCUGAGCAAGAAGCCAUCCGGCUCUUUGAAGAAUACGCUGUUGCCGGGGCUACGGAUGACGAUGAUGACGAUGGCGAUGAACUGGAAUUCGCAGACGAACAAGACGAUAUCAGCGGUGAGCAAGGACCAUCUUAUGCAAAGUCACAACAAGAAGACGAAGAAGGCGAAGAUAUCAGUGAACACGUCGAGAGCAUUCUCUUUGACAAUGCCGAUUCGGUGACCAUUGAUCCAGACACGGGCCUGCCCAUGUUCAAGAACAAGAAUACCGAUGACUUUGACUUUUAUCGACAAAUUCCUGAGCCUGGUGAAUCAUUGGAUACCAUCGACGACGACGACGACGAACAAGUGGGCGCAGCAGUAGUAGCAGCAGACGAAGCACCAGAAGAGGCAUUAUUUGUUGAUCAAUCAUCCGCAAACAACCCAGCCAUGGUGAUCCAUCGCCGACCUCACAAGGACAAGGUCGAUCCGGGCAACUUUUACCAGCACACACGAUCUCGUUACCAAUCCCCACCUUCAAAGAAGUCUACUGCCGCUGCCGCUGCUGCUGGUUCACACUGGCAAAGGCAUUUUUGGAAAUAUUUCGCCGGUGUAGCCAUUCUCGUACUAAUUCUUGUGAGACGAUCCUCAGGAGCAGCACAGUUGUCGUCAUCUGAAGCCAUUGCGACACACCAUGACUGGCGAAAGCAGUUGAAUUACAAGUACGAUCAAGCUGCUGCCCGAUUACCCGUUUAUUAUACCCAGGACUUGGGCCGAGAAUUUACUACCACUCAUAACGAUUCAUCACCAGUCGUUUUAGACGAGAAAAGCGGCCUUUCCGCGGGAUACCAUCAUAGCAGCAACGCUCGAAGAGCAUCCGCGGGUCAUGUUCGUAAGCUUUCCACUGGUUCAGCAAGCGCACGAUCCCAAAAUGUACGACUUCAGCAUCAACGACACACUUCGCUCAGCAGCAUUAAUUCUGCUGCGCUGUACAGAUACUCCAACGGUGGUACGCCGUAA